AUGAACAACAACUAUGCAGGACCUAAGGCCCAUCGGAGGUUGUCCGAUCCGCCCAAACUUCCACUUGAAUUAUCCAAGUUUUUAUGUAAAUGGAACCAAGUGUCAGGUAAGAUUUGAAUAUUAUGAUGACUAUUUGUCAUGUCUUGUUGUUAUCCGUUUAUUAUGUAUCUUAUUUUAGUGAUCGAAGUCAUAGAAACUCCCCCGAAAAAAACACAUGACAAAGUUUGGAUAAUGAAUCUCCUGAAUAAACUAAAGAUUCGUUUAUGCUCCAUCUCACAGUGUGGAAGGGAAAAGAGGAGAAACCAUGAUGAAGACAGAUUUUUUGAAGGUACUCCGUUGUCUUUUAAUGUAAAAAUUUUGUUUAGAUGACGAUCGCGUACGAAGACGAUGUUUUUCGACCAAUGCAAUCAGAGCUGACAUGGAGGUCAGUAUCCCCGAAUGUUGUAAAAAUAGACCUAAGAGAGUUUGCUUCGGGAUCAAACAAAAAAAUUGCAUAGUGAGUUUUGAUAAGAUUCACAUUUCUUAAUUCGAUUAAAAAAAUUUUACUAUUUGUAUUUUAGGAAGACGAUGAUGAAUGUCGGACACCCCCUUGUUCUCCGCGCCCCAUCCUCAUGAGGCGUCGCAACAGCAUUACAUUGGGUCAGCUUUCCCAAUUGCCCUACGCCCAUAUGGAUUAUGAUACCUUUAAGGCCUGGAGAAGAGGCAGUCGAUUAUCAGAAGAUGUCUCCCAUAUGGACCCGGUCAAGCCGUAUAAGCCUUUGGAUUAUUUAAGGCGAUCAGAGCGGAAAUUGAAGGAGAAGACGACUCCUAUUCAGAAGGUCGUGAAGACCUUCGUAAAGGGAUGUCAUGGCCCUGAAAGACCUCAAUAUAACACCACCGGGUUUGCCAUCUGA